GCGAUCGAGGAGAAGCGUUCCCAGCCAGCGAAGUGACGGCACGCCGAAGCGCGAUCGCGUUUAUGUCGUAUUUCGGUGUUUUUGAUCGUGAUAGUAUUGUCGUGCUCGUUCUCGUCAGUGAGUGAGUGAUCGGUGAAGCAAUCGACCGAUUUUCAGAAUGGCAUCGGACGAGGAAGUUGAUGAGAGUUACGCCGGCGAAGACGAUGUGGACGAGAGCGGUGUUCCUGUUUCAACCACUGGACAGCCAGUGGAUGGCUCGUCCGACGCCGAAGAAUCACAAAGAUUAGAGGAGGACGACGAUUAUGAACCCGAGGAACGAAAGAAGAAAAAGGGCAAGAAACGAAAAGCACGUAGUGAGGAUAAAAAAGGAAAGAAGAAGAAGAAAAAGAAAAAAUCUGAUUCCGGCGAUGAGAGUGACUUUGGCGGUGGCGAAGCAGUCGAGGGUGCCGGUGAUGAUAGCGAUUACGCGAGUAAUCGCAAGAGUCGGAAGUCCUCCUCCAGGAAGUCAUCGAGUCACAACACACCAUCGAAUCAAGGCGGUGGUCAAGAACCAACUACUGGAAUGCCAACUAUCGAGGAAGUUUGCAGCACCUUUGGACUAACUGAUGUACAGAUAGAAUAUUCUGAUGCGGAUUUCCAAAAUCUAACGACGUACAAGCUCUUCCAGCAACAUGUUAGGCCACUUCUUGCCAAGGAGAAUCCGAAGGUUCCAAUGUCAAAGUUGAUGAUGUUGGUGGCAGCAAAAUGGCGCGACUUCUCCGAGCUUAAUCCGCAUACACAGCCAGAUGCUGACGUAUCGUCAGCUAAUAUCGACGACGACAGCAGGAGCUCCAGGGCGAAUCGCGGAGUUCCUGUGCCGGAAGUUGAUGAAGAGGACGAGGAAGAUGAGGACAGCGAUCGCAAGAAGAAGUCACGGAGUUCUCGAGCUAAGAAAGGCAAAAAGGCAUCUAAGGUUCCGACUCUUAAAAUCAAACUAGGAAAACGCAAACGGGGUAGUUCGGAUGAAGAUGCCGAAGGAAGCGGUGCUGGAUCGGACCGUGAUUCGGACAUGGAGUUCGAACAGAUGCUGGCGGAUGCAGAGGAGGCACCAGGUCAAGAUGGAUCGAGUGCAAAAGGUGGAAAUGGCGGUAAUACCGUCAGUGGAGUUAGCGUUGGCGAAGACGGCAAUGCGGAACCACCGGCAGAGCCUCCAGUACGCAGGAAGGCUAAAACCAAAAUCGGCAACAAGACCAAGAAGAAAAAGAAGACAAAGACGACCUCGAAAUUUCCAGACGGCGAGGAAGGUCUCCAGACUGACCACCAAGAUUAUUGCGAAGUCUGUCAGCAAGGUGGUGAGAUUAUUCUCUGUGACACUUGUCCUCGUGCUUACCAUCUGGUUUGCUUGGAACCAGAACUUGAAGAGACACCCGAAGGCAAAUGGAGCUGCCCUCACUGCGAAGGAGAAGGUAUUUCAGGUGCGGCUGACGACGACGAUGAACACAUGGAGUUCUGUCGAGUUUGCAAGGAUGGCGGGGAAUUGCUUUGCUGUGACAGUUGCACCAGUGCAUACCACACACAUUGUCUUAAUCCUCCAUUAUCUGAAAUCCCAGACGGCGACUGGAAAUGUCCUAGAUGUUCGUGUCCUCCUCUUUGUGGCAAAGUGGCCAAGAUUUUAACCUGGAGAUGGCAGGAUUGUCCGGAGACUCCAUCGGAGGAGCCGUCGACGAGCAAAGCUGCGCCGAAACAGCGAAAGAUACGACAAUUUUUCGUCAAAUGGGCAGAAAUGUCGUAUUGGCACUGCGACUGGAUCACAGAACUUCAAUUGGAUGUAUUUCAUCCUCUUAUGUUCAGAAAUUACUCGCGCAAGUAUGACAUGGACGAGCCACCAAAACUUGAGGAGCCAUUGGACGAGAGUGAUUCCCGUGUGAAAAGAUUGAAGGAACAAGACGGCGCGACAAACCGCGACGAAUAUAAUCUGGAGGAACGUUUCUAUCGGUAUGGAGUACGUCCAGAAUGGUUAGUGGUACACAGAGUUAUCAAUCAUCGACUCCAGCGAGACGGCCGAGCAACUUAUUUAGUGAAAUGGCGCGAGCUUGGUUACGAUCAAGCAACCUGGGAGGACGAACAUGAGGAUAUUCCCGGUCUUAAACAGGCGAUCGAGUACUACCUGGAUCUCAGGGCUGCCAACUGCUGCGAUGGUACUUCUUCUCGCAAAGGCAAAAAAGGUAAAGGAAAGAAAUCCAAAACUAGAGAAAUUAUCGACGACGAAGAAAGAACGCCAAAACGUUACACGCCACCCCCAGACAAACCAACGACCGAUCUUAAGAAGAAAUACGAACGUCAACCUGACUACUUGGACUUAACUGGGAUGCAACUGCAUCCAUAUCAGCUUGAGGGUCUCAAUUGGUUGAGGUACUCCUGGGGUCAAGGGAUAGACACUAUCCUCGCUGAUGAGAUGGGUCUUGGUAAAACAAUUCAGACCAUCACAUUCCUCUACUCUCUGUACAAGGAGGGUCACUGUAAGGGACCAUUUUUGGUAUCUGUACCUCUUUCCACUAUCAUCAACUGGGAAAGAGAAUUCGAGACCUGGGCUCCAGACUUUUACUGCGUUACUUAUGUGGGUGAUAAGGACAGUCGAAUAGUCAUCCGUGAGAAUGAAUUAUCAUUUGAUGAGGGCGCUGUGCGCAGUGGACGAGCGUCGAAGAUACGAAGUUCCCAGAUCAAGUUCAAUGUUCUCCUCACAAGUUACGAAUUGAUAUCCAUCGAUUCCGCAUGUUUGGGAUCGAUUGAUUGGGCCGUCUUGGUAGUUGACGAAGCUCAUAGACUCAAGUCCAAUCAAUCGAAAUUCUUCCGUCUCCUUGCAUCGUACAAUAUUGCAUACAAGUUAUUGCUUACUGGUACGCCUCUUCAGAAUAACCUUGAGGAACUCUUCCAUCUGCUCAACUUCCUCUGUCGGGAUAAGUUCAACGACCUAGCUGCUUUUCAAAAUGAAUUUGCUGACAUCUCGAAAGAGGAACAGGUUAAGAAACUUCAUGAGAUGCUUGGGCCUCAUAUGCUCAGACGACUUAAAGCCGACGUGCUCAAGAACAUGCCGAGCAAGUCCGAAUUCAUCGUGCGUGUUGAGCUGUCGCCAAUGCAGAAGAAAUAUUACAAGUAUAUCCUAACAAGGAACUUCGAGGCACUGAAUCCCAAGGGCGGUGGCCAGCAAGUUUCGUUACUCAACAUAAUGAUGGACCUGAAGAAGUGCUGCAACCAUCCUUACCUCUUCCCCGCAGCAUCACAAGAAGCUCCAACCGGACCGAAUGGCAAUUACGAAACUUCCGCUCUAAUCAAAGCAGCUGGAAAACUCGUACUGCUUAGCAAAAUGUUAAAGAAACUCAGAGAUGACGGACAUCGUGUAUUGAUUUUCUCGCAGAUGACGAAAAUGCUUGACAUUUUAGAAGAUUACCUCGAGGGUGAGGGCUAUAAGUACGAAAGGAUCGACGGAAACAUUACUGGAGCCCAACGUCAGGAAGCUAUUGAUCGCUUCAAUGCUCCUGGGGCGCAACAAUUUGUGUUCUUACUAUCAACGAGAGCUGGUGGUCUGGGUAUUAAUUUAGCAACUGCUGAUACCGUCAUAAUUUACGAUUCCGACUGGAAUCCGCACAACGACAUUCAAGCUUUCAGCAGAGCUCAUCGUAUUGGCCAGGCUAACAAAGUCAUGAUUUAUCGCUUCGUUACUCGUAAUUCAGUCGAGGAACGCGUCACCCAGGUAGCAAAGAGAAAGAUGAUGCUCACUCAUCUUGUCGUGCGUCCUGGUAUGGGUGGCAAGGGCGCUAACUUCAGCAAGCAGGAACUUGACGAUAUUUUACGAUUUGGUACUGAGGAGUUAUUCAAAGAAGAGGAAGGCAAAGAAGAUGAAGCUAUUCAUUACGACGACAAGGCCGUUGCUGAGCUAUUGGAUCGUAGCAAGGAGGGAAUCGAACAGAAAGAAAAUUGGGCCAACGAGUAUCUCAGUUCAUUCAAAGUGGCUUCUUACGUGACUAAGGAAGGUGAAACUGAAGAAGAAGCCGACACAGAGAUCAUCAAGCAGGAGGCUGAAAAUACGGAUCCUGCUUACUGGAUAAAACUGUUACGGCAUCAUUACGAGCAACAGCAAGAGGACAUUGCCAGAACUCUUGGAAAAGGUAAGCGUGUACGGAAGCAAGUCAACUAUAAUGACGGUGGAGUUACCGGAGAUCAGGGUGCCCGAGACGAUCAACCUUGGCAAGAGAAUCUUUCCGAUUACAAUAGCGACUUCAGUGCGCCAAGUGACGAUGACAAAGAGGACGAUGAUUUCGAUGAGAAAGGUGAUGGCGAUUUACUUUCACGACGAAGCAGACGCCGAUUGGAAAGGCGAGAUGAAAAGGACAGACCACUGCCACCACUUUUGGCUAGAGUCAAUGGAAAUAUUGAGGUUCUGGGAUUCAAUGCCCGGCAGCGUAAGGCUUUCUUGAAUGCUAUUAUGCGAUAUGGAAUGCCGCCCCAGGAUGCAUUCAAUUCUCAGUGUAGGUUGGUGCGAGACUUGCGGGGCAAAUCCGAAAAGAACUUCAAGGCGUACGUGUCGCUGUUUAUGCGACACCUCUGCGAGCCUGGAGCUGACAACGCAGAGACAUUCGCAGACGGUGUACCAAGGGAAGGUCUAAGUCGACAACACGUCCUCACCAGGAUUGGCGUGAUGUCUCUCAUUCGUAAGAAAGUUCAGGAAUUUGAACACAUCAAUGGAUACUACUCGAUGCCGGAGAUGAUUCGCAAGCCAGUGGAACCAGUAAAGGUGGAAAGUGGUGCUGGCGACAGUGCUGCCACUGGGACCAGCAGUACCAGUGCUACACCUGCGACUUCUAAUGCACCAAGUCCGAGUCCAGCUGCAACUCCAACUCCAACUCCUGUGUCCGUCGGCACUUCGGGUACUGCCGAAUCUAACAAACCAACUGAAUCCGAUAGUAAGGAUCAGAAAGAUGAUGCCAAGGACAAGGAGGUUUCGGAUGCGAAAGAUUCGAAGGAGGAAUCGAAGGAAACUUCUAAAGACGCUGAGGAAGUGGUAAAGGUUAAGGAUGAAGUCAAGAAAGAGGAAAAGGAUACAGAGGCUCCUGAGUCUGCGUCCGAUAAAGAUAAAGAACGGGAGAAGGAUACUGGCGAAGGGAAGGACGAUAAAACUGUGAUUAAGCUGGAUGACAAGACAGAGGCUAGUGAAAGUAAACCGAAAUCUGAGUCCGAGGAAGACGUUGUUAUUGUGAAGGAUGACGAAGAGGAAAUAGAGAAGCGAGAGGAACGAGAUGGCAAGGAGAAGGAGACAAAGGAUUCGGAUUCGGAAUCUAUGAAGCCAAAGCGUAAAUUCAUGUUCAAUAUUGCCGACGGUGGCUUCACUGAACUCCAUACACUUUGGCUGAACGAAGAGAAGGCCGCUGUUCCUGGACGGGAGUAUGAAAUUUGGCAUCGGCGACACGACUACUGGCUACUUGCCGGUAUCGUCACACAUGGUUACGGUCGUUGGCAGGACAUACAAAAUGACAUACGUUUUGCUAUCAUCAACGAACCUUUCAAAAUGGACGUGGGCAAGGGUAACUUCUUGGAAAUCAAGAAUAAAUUCUUGGCGAGACGAUUCAAGUUACUGGAACAAGCUCUGGUUAUUGAAGAGCAACUGAGAAGAGCAGCGUACCUGAAUCUCACGCAGGAUCCGAACCAUCCGGCGAUGAGUCUAAAUGCAAGGUUCGCCGAAGUUGAGUGCCUUGCCGAGUCCCAUCAGCACCUUAGCAAGGAGAGUCUUGCUGGCAAUAAGCCAGCCAAUGCAGUUCUUCAUAAGGUACUGAAUCAAUUAGAGGAACUCCUGUCGGACAUGAAGUCAGACGUAAGUCGACUACCGGCGACGUUGGCUCGGAUUCCACCAGUUGCUCAACGACUGCAAAUGUCGGAAAGGUCGAUCCUGAGCCGACUGGCUGCUACAGCACCAGGUGGCAGUAGUACGCAAACUGGACAGGCUGCACUCUUAGCACAGCAAUUCCCAGCUGGUUUCUCCGGAGGGCAACUUUCGGCUAGCUUCGCCGGUGCCGUUAACUUCGGCAACUUCAGGCCCCAAUACUCCGUACCCGGACAACCGCCGCAGGGCUUCACAGGUUCGCAGAAUUCUCAAACUCAAACUUGAAGGUAGCUGAAGUAUCAAGCGGCGUGACAACAAUACGAGUAACAGUGAUGCCAGUUUGAAAGCUAAACUUAAUGAAAAAAAAAGAAACUUUUAAUACUACCUGAACAAAAAAAAAUAAGAUGCGUUACACGAUUACUGAUUAUUAAAUGCGGCACUUGUCGUACCAAUUGCAAUGACUCAACUUUUCUAAAGGGCCGAUAUAAUAAGGACUGUAACAAUCGUGUGAUUGCAGCUUAAGCGUUUCUGUCGAACUGGCGGCAGCAGCUCAAAUCAAGCCGGAUUCAUGGCCGUACGACGGUUCGCUGGCAGGCGCCGUGACCUCAUUUUUCGAAAUCGCAAUUUCUAGAUGAAUUUUCACUAGACAAGUACACCGAGCGAGGCGGACAAGGUUCGAAAGACUCGGCACACAAUAGCCGAGACCUUCUUGUCCGAGUAAACAAGAAGAAGUAGAAGAAGAAUCACGCUCCUCCUGUAUUUAUUAUAUAUUACGUGUACAUUCGGCGUCGGGAAUCGGAGUCGAGAAAUCAUGUAUUUUGUAAUCUCCAGCCUUCUGGUACCGCAUAAGUACAUUUACUUAAAAUCCAAUUCGACCUUGUUAAGCUCAUUGAAUCUUUGAUAUUGCUGUGGACGAAUGUAUUCCAUUUUUUGUUCUUCAUCUCGGAUCUCGAUCUUCGAUUUAGAUUUAUAAUUGGGCCGCAAGAUCAGUUUCAUAUGUAGGUGACUCUUUUACAUUGCAUGACAAGCAUAUGACUCCGUAAAAUGAAACUAAUCUUGAAGUCCGACUAUAGUUAUUCGAAUUUAAUUUGUUAGAAUCCCUCGUACUCGAAAUUUCUUGCUUGGCACUCAAAGUUAUGUGGUCGUAUGAAAAUAAGUUCAAUGUGCAAGAAGGAUAUAGAAAAUACAAGAUGGCACACUAAGGAAAUAUUGAGUACACGGCUUUUCGAGUUUUGGGAAUUUAGCGAAAUCAUUUAAGACUUGUAUAACAUGGGCUUUUCCAGAGAACAUCAUCGUCCGUCACAAUGAAAUGAUUUUUCGAAAUUUUUUCGUACGAUCAGUGUAAUUACAGUUUCUAAUGCUCGCCGAAUACUGUGUAAUAUAUUAAUAGCAAUACAGAUUUGAAAAGGCAUGAGGGAUUCUGUUUGGGAAGUGAAAACUAGAAGAAAAAAUUGAAGAUUAUUUAGUGCACAACAAAAGCCCGCGUUGUGCCAGUCAGAAGUACUCUGUGUAAUUAAAUCGUUUCGAAGACAUCGAUCGAUAUCGAAUCUUUUUUACUCGAUUUUCACGGGAAACGAAGAAAUAUGUCGCUCUCGCCCUUUCCCUUCUCAUCGACGAAAUGGUCGAGGGCAUCUACCCCCUUGGCACAGUACAUUUGUAAGGAUUAGCUUAGAGAAACUAGCUAAGUAAUUUAAGCGAUUAAUUGAUGAAACAGAGAGCCGACUAUGUGGCGAAAAAGUGAGCAAGCAAAAGAGAAAAAAGAAACUUCAGUAGCGUCAAGCAGAAUGGUUUGUUGUACGUAACAUUCCUCUCACUGGAAUAAAUUAAAAAGUAAUAAUUACAAUCUGUGUGGAUCUCCUAACUGUCACUUCAAUACCUCAAUGGAAAUUUUGUAAUCCGUUUCCUGUCGAUUAUUUGAAUACGAUGUUAAACGGCUCCAAUUACUUUCUUGAUGUUUGCAGUUUAAAUGUAUUAAAGGAAAAUUUAAUUGAAUACUA